AUGAGGCUCACUACUGUGGCUUUGGCUGCGCUCCCAUUCUCUGCUCUCGCAGCGCCUCAAAUUCCUUCACCCCCUAUCCCUUCCCCUGGUGAAAUACCCGUCGACGUCCCCGGUGGCACCGUCAUCGGCGCCGUCACUGGUGUCGAGAGCUUCCAUGGCAUCCCCUUUGCAGACCCCCCCCCAAGGACGAGCUUCGUCUGCGGCCACCGCGAAGGCUGUUCCGCCGCGCCCAGCACGUUCAACGCCACAGUCUUCGCCCCCGGCUGUCCGCAGAUACCGCCCAACACCACCGAGGUUCUCCUGCCGAAGCUCCUCGGCAAGGGCAUGAUGCCGCCGCACUGGCCCGAGGACGUCAUCAAGGGCCGGGAGGACUGCCUCACUGUCACCGUGCAGCGACCCAAGGGCACACAAGCCGGGGCGCGCCUAUCCGUGCUCUUCUUCAUCUUGGCGGCGGCUUCAUGCUUUGGGUUCCUGGGCGGCGCCGAGGUCUUGGCGGACGACAGAGCGAACCUGGGCCUGCGAGACCAGCGGAUGGGCCUCGAGUGGGUGGCCGACAACAUUGCCUCCGUUGGCGGCGACCCGGACCGAGUCGCCAUCUGGGACCAGUUGGCGGGCUCCAUCUCGGCUUUUGACCAGAUGGCGCUGUAA